AUGUCGCUCUCCUGGAAGACACUCGCCGUCUGCGGCCUGUUGCCUGUCGUUUCGGCGGCCGGCAAGUUCAAUUGGCAUGACACCAAGUCUGUCAUCGCGUUCGGCGACUCGUACACAUUUGUCCUCGGAACACAUGGCCGCACGGCUUACAGCUUCAUCGGGGAUUACCUUCCAGGAAACUUCUCCUUCACCCCGAAGGAGCUCCUCGAGAACAAAAUUUGGCAGAACUACACCGGCACAUCUGCCGGAGGACCAAACUGGAUCGAGCACCUGACAGACUGCGCCGUCGAGGAUGGUUCAUAUUCUCCCCUCGACUGCAAAGUCCAGCUGUGGGAUUUCGCCUUUGCUGGUGCCAACACGGCUGAAUCGCUCUUGCCCUUGCACCACAACUUCACGGUCCCCCUCGUGAACCAGACCCAGCAGUACCUCACCUGGGCCGACCCCGUCCUCCGCAAGAAGACGUGCCUCGACCGCUCCAAGUCGCUCGUCGCCAUCUGGAUCGGCAUCAACGACAUCAACGACCUCUACCUCCUCAACCUGACCUCGCGCCAGAUGUACCACGACCACAUCAAGGCCCUGCUCGAGGAGUCGGUCCAGAGCCUCUACGACCGCGGCUACCACAACUACCUCUUCGUCGGCCUGCCGCCCCUCGACCGCAACCCGGGCAACCAGAAGAAGCAGGCGCAGUUCGAGGCCGGCAUCGGCGCCGGUCCGCUGCCCAACGCCACCAUGAUCGGCUGGUGGUACGACGAGCUGCGCACCCAGACGGCCGCCUGGGCGGCCGCCCACGCCGACGCCAAGACCAUCAUCUUUGACGCCUACGACUUUCUCAACGACGUCUUCGACAACCCGGCGCCCUACGGCAUCACCAACACGACCGACUUUUGCGACGCCCGCCGCCAGUGGCCGCAGAUUGUCGAGGACCCGGCCCAGUUCGGCUGCGGGCCCAUUCACGAGUACUUUUGGUUCGACAGUGGACACAUCGGCACGAGGGUGCACAAAGCACUUGCGGAUGGAAUCAGGCAGGCGUUGAUCGAGGAGUCGGAUUAA